AUGUCAAUGACCGUCGAGGAAGCCGGUGUCGCACGCCCAGGGUUUCCCAAGCCAUUUCCGAAUACUCCUAGCAAUGUGCUUGAACAAUUUCAGAUGAAGGGAAAAGUCACUGUUGUGAACGGUGCAGCUGAAGGAAUUGGUCUGGCGGUUGCAUCUGCUAUGGCUGAAGCUGGAGGAGACGUUGCACUGUGGUACAAUUCCAACGAUGCGGCCAUUGCACGAGCAGAAGAGAUAGAGAAAGAAUUUGGCGUCAAGACCAAGGCGUAUCAGGUGGCUGUUGAGAACGCUGACGCUGUGGAAAAAACUAUGGACCAAGUUGUCAGCGAUUUUGGCAAGAUUGACGUGUUUGUAGCAAACGCAGGGAUGGCAAUCUCGAAAUCGAUUCUCGAAACAACGUUGCCAGAAUAUGAUAAGCAAAUGUCCAUAAACGUCAACGGCGUUGUGUACUGCGCCAAGUACGCUGGUCAUCACUUCAAGCGUCAGGGAUUCGGCAACCUCAUCAUCACCAGCUCAAUGUCCGCACGCAUUGUCAAUGUUCCUAUUGACCAGCCUGUUUACAACGGCACCAAAGCUUUCAUUGGCCAUUUCGGCAAGUCUCUUGCUCACGAAUGGAAGGACUUUGCGCGAGUGAAUAUCGUCAGCCCUGGAUUUUUCGAUACUAAAAUGGGUGCUGGGGAGAAGGUCAUCAACGAGGCAUACAGGAUGACUCCGCUUGGAAGACAGGGGCAUACUAAAGAGAUUAAGGGCCUGUACUUAUAUUUGGCUAGUGAUGCCAGUACGUACAUGACCGGAAGUGACGUACUUAUUGACGGAGGUUACUGCUUGCCUUGA